AUGUCUCACAACAUGGCAACUCCUGAGCAGAAUGCCGAAGCUCUCAACCACUUCAUCUACCUGCCUGUGUCCAAGGACAUGGUAUCUUACUUGGCACUCAAGGCUUCUCAGGUCAUUCGUUGUGACAACACUCCCAUCCACAACAAGGAUCUUCCUCCUACACCACCAAUUACCCCUACUGAGCAAGGCUUCAACCUUUCUCAAGAGCCUGCCCUUCCUUCUGUCGAGCAAUUCAUCCAAUCGCUCGUCGACAGAUCCUCUGUCCAGGUUCCCACUCUCAUGACCACCCUCGUUUACCUCGGUCGUCUGCAACAACGUCUUCCUCCUGUCGCCAAGGGUAUGCGCUGCACAACUCACCGCAUCUUCCUCGCCGCUCUCAUCCUGGCUGCCAAGUCUCUCAACGACUCAUCUCCCAAGAACAAGCACUGGGCUCGUUACACUGCUGUCAAGGGAUACGAAGGCUUUGGCUUCAACCUCGUUGAGGUUAACCUGAUGGAGAAGCAACUUCUCAACCUUCUCAACUGGGACCUUAUUGUCCGUGAGGACGACCUUUACUUCCACCUCGAGCCUUUCCUUGCUCCUAUCAGACUAUGGCAGGCUCGUCAAGCCGAGAAGGCCAAGCGUGCUCAGCUCCGUGAGGAGAUGAUGCAACAGCAACGCCACCUCUCGAUCACUGCCGAGCAAAUGCGUAGAACCUCUCGCACCGACCUCCGUCAAAACCUCUGCGACACACCCAUGAGCCUUGCAAGCUCUCGCAGAUCCUCCCGCAUGCCAUCUCUCUCGCCUCCUAGCCGCGCUCACUCUGUCGUCUCUGCUGCCUCUUCUGUCGCCUCUCCCAGCUCCAUUGUCUCAUCGAUGGACGCAACAUAUGAAGACGUGCCUGUCAGAAUCCAGAGAUACAACAGCGACUGCCCUUCGAUGGUCGAGAUCCAACAACCCAAGCUUUCUCUUGACCACUACGAGCAACCUUCGGCUAAGAAGAUCAGAUCCAACAACAUCUUCUCAAGGUUCCUCUCUACUGCUCAUUAG